CCCUUAUGGCUUUUUUAUUGCUCUAGUCUCGUACAAUAUUUAUGAUGAAUCUAAGAACUUGACACUACAAUUAUGAAGUUUUGUCUUAUUUAAUCUAUGUUUUUUCCAUUGAAAUUCAGUGAGCAUAAUGGAUCAGUGGAAUCAACAACAGACAAACUUUGUUCCAAAAAUACAACAAUUUAAUAUUGGUCCAGCAACAACUACAGAUAGUACCAAUAAUCGUUAUAUACCAAAUGUGACUCAAAGUACAAUUCAUAAUCUACCAGUAAAUCAAGUACAGUUUGGACAAGGACAAAUUCUAAAUACAAGACAACCGUUCCUGGUGCUUCAAAAUCCUGCUCAGAAUACUGGAAAUGUUCUUAAUCAAAAUCAAUCUGUCCAGUAUCAAAUUAAUCACCAGUUAUUGCCCAGACAACAGGUUGUUAACAUACAGAAUUCUGGUACUGUUCCACAACCCAUUCAACAACAGCUGACUUCUGCUGGUACAGUUAGACAACAGCUGACAUCUGGUACUGCUCGACAGCAGCUGUCUACUGCUCACAGUCUUGUGCAUAAUGGAAAGUACACUGCUCCAAAUAGUCAACAGCCAACAUCUAACAUGAAUUAUAUUUCAAGCCAAAGCCAAACAAUGUCAAUUCCUUUAGCUAUAACCUCUGUGUCGAAUACAUCCAACAUGGCAAAUGUUCAGCAGAUACAUUUGUUACCUAAAAGCUCAAAUAUUGGUAUAGCAGCUAUUCAGAAUUGGACCAAUAGUCAAAUGCCAACAAAUAGAACUACUGUGGACACAAAUAAGACUUUUAGUAUGUUGUCAAAUCAAGUCCAUCCAAGCUCUAAUCAAGUCCAUCUUAGCUCUAAUCAAGUCAGCAUUAACUCCAAUCAUACCAGCAUUAGCUGUAAUCAAGUUAGUAAUUCAAGUUCACAGAAUGCACUUUCUUCUCAGUCGCAUACAUCUGCACAACCAGUGAACAAAACGCCUCAAAACUUAAUUUAUCUCUAUCAGUUUCUUAAGAAAUUGGUAGAAAGCAAGAAUGAUAUCUCAGUUUAUUUACAGAGUGGUACACCAGAAAACCGUCUUCUGGUUGAUAUUUUAUGUUAUAAAAAAUUCAGAAUAGAAUUUUUAAAACGUUCAAAUAAUACAUCAUUGAAAAUGCAAAUUUUGAACAAGAUGGGAUCUUUGAGUCAACAGGCAAGUGAAGCCCUCCAAAAUUCAGAAUCCAUGAACUCGCUCAAAAAUAAGUCCACUGAAGAUAUUUUCGAAACCAUACUAAAUCUUACAACUCUUCGCGGUCAACAACCAAUACAACAGAUAAGACCAGGUCAACAAAUACAAGUAAUGCAGCAAACACAGUUGCAGACACAGCAAGUCUAUCAACAACAGCUUGGUCAAAUAUCAAAUUUAAGACAGCCUUCACCUCAAGUACAAGCUUCCUCCCAUUGUACACCACCUCCUCCUCCUCUUGUACCCAUUCCUGCUAGUAAGAUAAAGAGAGAACCAGGAUUAAUAGACAAAAAACCCCAAAACUCUUGCUCUGGUCCAUCAAACAAUCAAAGUAUUCCAACAUCAAUUCCGUCAAGUGUUGCACAGAAUCCUCAGUCCAGUACCUUCCAAAGAAGCAUUGAUGAUUUGAUACGAAUGUCAGAUGAAGCUGCAGAACCAUAUGAUAGUUUGUUUGAUCCAAUAGUGAAUCCAAAACCUGAAGUGACCGACAAAACAUGUGAUGUAAAGCCUAUACCAGUCAAUCAUUUGUCAGUAAAGCAACAACCACAAAUUACUCCUUCUUUGUCUCAAUUAAAUUUAACCAACACUGCACCUUCUUUGUUAGAACAAAGAGGAGCGGUACCAAUGACUGAUGCAGGUGAAAAUUUUUCCAGACAACUAGAUGUCAAACCAAUACCAGUUAAGCACUUAGAAGCACAGUCAGAACGGAUGCCUUUAAUGUCUAGUUUACCUGCACCACAGGAUUCAACAACUGUUAUAGGUAAUCCAGAGUCUUUUCCUUCAGCUGAUGAUAGCUUUUUAAAUACUCUAGAAGAACUUCAGCAAUCUGCAAUAGAAUCUUUAAAAAGUACAAAUACUGAAUUUCCUUCUCCAGUUAUAAAUAUUCCCAAAAGUGUAAGUGUUGUUACAGAAGUACCGGUACCACAAAAAACAUCGGCUAGAUUGACAAAAAAAGAUGUUCCUCGUCCAUUAAGUCCAAAUAAUAUGUGUCGGGUAGAGGCUGAAGAUCAGGCACAUAUUUGUUCAAGUCUGAUUGAGUCUAACAUAUACGAUAAAAAAACAAAAGAUAUGGUGCGAGUAAAAAAAAAUGAAGUCAUUUGUUCAUUAUCGUCAACUUUGAAGCCUAAAGAUUCAACUACAGUAAAAGAAGCAGUUGAUAGGUCUCAUUAUUGGUGUAACUUUUGUGUUUUUCAAACAGACAAUAAGUUGAAACUGGUGAAUCAUGUUAUAUCUGCCCACCGUUUUUCAUGUCAGUAUUGUGCAUUUCAGUGUUACUCACGAGCAGACGUUGUUGAACACACAAUUAAUACUCACAAAGAAGCUAUUCAAGUCUCAAAAGACUUUAGGUAUUGUGUUCUUUUACCAGACUAUCUUAAAAUAAUUGAACAGAUUGAGGAUCAAGAGAAUCAGAAUUAUGAAUCUGAUUGUCUUAGAACUUUUCAGACUAAAAAAAUGCGUGCACAUCCUGAGAGUGAAGCUAGUUGUCUGGAAAGUGAUUGGGAAGAAGAAUUUAUGGAGGAUACAGGAUCAGAGUCUGCAAGUGAUAUUGAUGAUGUCCAAGAAGAGAAGAUAGCUAGUCCAGAGAAAAAAGUGACCCCCAAAAGCAAAGGCCGUGACCGUAAAAGAAAAAGAAUAAGGACCAUAUUAACUAGUGAUGAAGAUAAUGGAGGCUCUGAUGAUGAUGAUGAUGAUGAUGAUGAUGAAGCUGAGAGUAAGAAGAGGAGCAUAUUAUUAGCUCACUUAAGUAGCAAAAGGAAGGCUAAAAAAGCCAAAUUGAAAAAAUCUGAAAAUGGAAUGGAAGAAAUUCAAGCAGAUGCUGAAAAGGAUAAAACCCAACUGUCUGCGGCGCUUGAAAAUACCUCCGAGGAAGUCGAAGAGAAUCCGCCACAAUUUCGAAGGCAAACUAGGAGAACAACUAAGAGUAAUUAUCAAAAAGAUGUUCAAAAUUUUGAACAGUUAGAGGAAAUAUUCGGUGGAGAGGAAGAUAAUAGUGACUAUGAUGAUGAUAAGGAUGAAGAUUUUGAUCCCUCAAAAACAAGUGAAGAAAAACACAAGAAGCGAAAAACUUUAGAAGAGCCUAUAAAAUCACCUUCAAUAAAAUCACCUGUAGCUUCAACUUCUUCCAUGGAAGCUUCUCCAAUAGUUAAACCAGUUUCUGUUUUAGUCGUUAAAACUCAAGGAUUAGUAUCACCAGUUGUACAUAUAGUACCACCAGCUAGUAAAACUCAAGGACCAACUUCACCAGCCAUUAAUAUUGUAUCACAAACUAAUUCACACACUACACAAACUAGCAAUUCAACUAAAACUUAUAAUUUAAUGCAGAGGUGUGUUCAUUGUGAGUACUCCACUCAGGAUACCCAAUUGCUGAAAUUACAUUCCCUUGAUUCUCACCAAGGUCAGUUUUUAGGCAUUUGGCACCAGUCCUUAGAUAUUUUACUUUACAUAUGUCCUCGUAGAUUUUGUGACUUUUAUGGAAGUAUGACAGGGGAUUAUAUAUGUCAUUUAGAAAAAUGCUCAAUUGAGAUGUCUGAUUAUGUUAAAGCAUCUGUGCAGGUAACCAAGGAAUAUGUCCAAAGACUUAAAGAGAAAAGAAUAGCUAAACCUACUAAAUUGGAGGAACUGAGGACAGUGCUGAAGAAAAUAUCUGAAUAUAUUAAUGAAGAAAACCCAGAAGCAGCUAAAUCAGCCACAGACCGAUCAUCCCCAAAACAACAAGAAGAGUGGCAGAUUGUUAAACCGGUGGGAUUCCAUGCUCCACAAACUGACAAGACAACAGAAAAAUCUCAGGAGUCAGAUGACAGUAAAAAUAGUUCCACGGCCACAGAUGAUAAAUCAAAAGAUGAUUCUAAGACACACGACGCAAGUGAUAAGGUAGAAAAGGGUAGUCAUGGUUCCCAGGCGCAAAAGGCUGAUGUUGAAAAAGAAGAAUUGGACACCAGUGGAUUUUUCAAAUGUGCUUUCUGUUCAUUUAAAGCUAUGUCAAAUACAUUAACUGUCCGAUCACAUAGUGUAAAACAGCAUCCAGAAUUUCCGUUGUAUACCAUAAACUUAAAAGCUGUGGAAACAGGGAAAAAUCAUCGUUUUGUAUUAUUUUGUGUUGGCAUUGAUUGUGAGGCGGUCUUAACAUCAUCAGAAGAAUAUUUUAAACAUAUAGAGACUUGUGAUGCAGUCAAACAAUUAAAAGAUGAUACACAACUGUUAAAAACUAAUAAGUUUGUAAAAACAACAAUACACAGAUUAUGAUAAAGGAAGAGGAUAAGUGAUGAUUUUAAGCAUGCCAAACAUAGGUGAAAAGACACAGAAAAAGACUAGCUAUAAACUGUAUCAGUCCUUCACAUUUAAGGUGCUCUUUCACUCCUGCUCCUCUCGAUGCACCUCAACUUUCCUCAAAUUAGCUAAAUCGCUCUCCUAAAUAUUGAGAUUAAUAAACUACUUUCAGUAUUUAUAUGACCACAUUGCUUGUGGAUGCUUUGGAGGCUAAAGUUAAUAUCCGAUUGACUUUAAAUUUAUACACAGUGUUUAAGGUCAUGAGAUGAAGAAUCCUAUGAUUUUCCGAUAAUUACUGCCAGAGUUAUAUGGUCCUUGAUCACUUUGAAAUAUCUUAUGGAUCCUCAUGAGAUGAAGAACGCUAUUGAUUUUCAAUGAUUUCCAAUAAUUAUUGCCAAAGUUAAAUAGCCCUUGAUCACUUUGAAAUAUCUUGUGGACGCUCUAGAGGCUUAAGUUAAUGUGGGCGUAUGUUUCGUUGCCUGGCAUCCUAUCUUUGUUUAUUUUUAAACUGCAUAUGUUAUCAAACACGCAAGGCAGUAUCUUCCAUAAGAGAUUAUGAAACAAAACUAAAGAAUAAAUACAAUUUGGAUCUCCUUAAUUCAACAAAAUGUAGAAUUACUACUGCAAUAUAAUUAAGGUAUUUUUUACAGGAACCUUUUUCUCGUUUAUGAAAUUGGCAGGAACUUUUUAUGGCUCCCAGACGAUUUCAUAAACAUGGAGCACUGCUAUAUUUCUCUGUAUUAUUUAUCUCAGGAAAUAUUUUUGAGUCGUUAGUUUUAAGUGUCACUAAUUUUAGUCUUUUUUGGCUGGCAUUGCUGGCAAAACAUUUAUUUCAAUAAUUGAUCCAUAACCUUGGUAUAUCCUUUCUUCCACUGUUUGUGCAAUAAGAUUAUAAAAAGUUAUUUAAUUGCAUUUUAAUCAUUUUAUUUAGCAUUUCAAUUACAGUAUACCCGGUAAUUAAUAUAUUUACCUAUAGGUAUAAAGAAAAUGUACCAACUGCCAAAUUAACUUACAAGGGCCUCUUUAAUAGUUUAAGAUAAAUGAUAUUUUUACAAAUAUGGCAUUUAGUUAAAAGAGGAAAUUUAUGUACUUUAUAAAAUGUGAUUGUCUUCCUGUGGAGCUGUAAACAAAAUAUUAAUAGUCUUGUUUUAGAAGAAUGGUUGAAAUAAUACAGCUAAAAAAAUUUUGAUUGAAUAAUUUUUGGAAUAACAAUGUCAAAUUUUGAUUCUGAAACCUAGAUAUACUGAGAAAUUUGGAUCAAUUAAAUAUACUUUCCCACAAAAGUAUUUAUCGGGACAGUUUAUUAUAAAUGGAAAGUAAAGACACCCAAUCUUGCUAGAAAAAUUCUGGAUUCCUUGAAAAACACCAAUGGAGCAAGCACAGGACAAAAAUGAGGGGGUGUCACUAAUUGGCAGCCUGACGAUUAAGGGCUGUCUGAGCUCUUGGCAUUCGGGAGCGCUUGAUGUAUAUGCUGAUAAAUUUAAUGGUGAGAGGACAUGGAAAAAAUCAGAGACUUAAAAUUACAACAGUUUCCGAGAUAAAAACUGCGGAAAAAGAUGUGGGCAGGGGAUAGUCCGAAAAUUUGCUUAGGCAUUUAUGAUAAAUGGCUGAUUAAAGACAACAUUGUCUAUUAUAUACAAUGGAUUCUCCUCCAGCUUCGCACUGGUUGCUAGGUACUGCAACAGCCAAGUCACGUGACGCAAACAGGUCUUCUUUUAAUAGAUUUUUUAUAACUUGGGGUAUUUCCUCGCAAAUACGAUGUUUAGUUAAGAUAUACUGUAUAUAUUGAUAUAUCAUUGAUAACAUUUAUUAUCAUGUACAUAGUUUAAAAAUUAAACCUAUGUAUAUUGUUUAUAUAAUAUUGUAAUGUAUAUAUACAUAAGAUGAUGUAUAAUAAUAUAAUAUUUGUAUUCUUUUAUAUUAAACAAAUAAAUAUACA